ACGGUCUCUCCCUCCUUUUUUUCCUCCCUCCCCUCACAGUCUCUCCCUUAAUCCCAUUUGCCAUUGUACAUGCCCAAUCGCCUAUACUUUCCGCAUUUAACUUGGAUGACAUUUUUAUUUCAUCAUUAGCAUCAGACACCAGACUGACUGACACGCUGGGACGCAAAGAGGUUUUUUUCCCCCCCCGAUUCUGACGGAAACACUCCGGGAUGAGACAUGCCCCUGAUUGUCUUUUUGAGACACGCAUCAGCGCUUUAUUUCAUUAUUUCAGCCGCCGAGUUGUAAGUGUGUUUUGACGAAGCUCUACGGGGUAAAGUCGAGUUAGAAAAACAGGAACUUCAAGCACCAGGGAUAUCCAGUGUUUAUCAAAGCUGCAGCGAUGCCAGAGACUACGCAAGAGACGUGCGCUCCGGCCAAGGAUUCCCCUUUCUUCAUUAAGAACCUACUGAACUGUGACACCAAGCCUUCUAAACCCAAACCACCGCUUGUUGUCUCUGCUAAGGCGGCCAUAGAAGGAGGAUUUUCCCUUUCCCAGGUCGGGGAAUUCAACUUUCCCCGCUUUGAGGUGCCUGCGCAGAGAUUCACUCUGCCGGCGCACUACCUGGAGCGCACCUCGGCUUGGUGGUACCCCUAUACUCUCAGCUCAGCGGCUCAUCUGCACAGAACUGAAGGUAUCGAGAAAUCAGGAGCAAGAGAUUCUUCUCCAACCUCUGGCACGGACAGAGACUCCCCGGACCUGGUGCUCAAAUCCGAACCGGACACCAAAGACGACGAAGAUGAGGAGGAAGAUGAGCACAGCAACAACAAAAGCAGCGACGAGAUCAUUCUGGAGGAAAGCGACACGGAGGAGGCCAAGAAGGACGAACUCGAGGAGUGGAAGAAGCGCGACGAGGACAAGAAGCCCUGUCGCAAGAAGAAGACGCGCACGGUGUUCUCCCGAAGCCAGGUGUUUCAGCUGGAGUCCACCUUCGACAUGAAGCGCUACCUGAGCAGCUCGGAGCGCGCGGGUCUGGCCGCCUCCUUGCACCUGACUGAAACCCAAGUAAAGAUCUGGUUUCAGAACCGAAGGAACAAGUGGAAGAGACAGCUGGCCGCCGAACUGGAGGCCGCUAACCUCAGCCACGCUGCGGCGCAGAGGAUAGUCAGGGUGCCAAUUCUUUACCAUGAAAACUCUGCUUCAGAGGGCGCGGGGGGCGCAGCGGCGAGCGUGCCCGUUAGCCAGCCGCUGCUCACAUUCCCUCAUCCGGGGGUCUAUUAUUCCCAUCCCAUCGUCACAUCUGUGCCGCUGCUCAGACCGGUUUGAAAGGCGUCGCAGAGUUUUGAUGAAUGAUCUUAUCCUAACAAUAAAAAAGACAAUAUUUUUCUACAAGUCUGACACUGAAAAACAAAGAGAAAAACUCUGAAGAGACUUUCACUGUCAGGCAAAGCCUGACUUGGGGUAAUUGUGUCAUUUCCCAUAAGGUUGUUUAUUAUUAUUACUGUUGUUAUUAUUAUUAAUAUUAUUUACAUCUCAGGAGUCUGUCCACUGCUUAAAUAGUGUAUUUUCUUUUUCUUGUUUUAAACCGUGAUUGUUGCUGGAAAUACCAGUUCUGUGCGAUGCAAAAAAAGAAAGACAAAAACUUGUUUACAUAAAAGUGGCGACCAACUUAUCACCAAUUUGAUUUUUUUUUAUUUCCUUUUUCCACAGCUACAGAAUGAAUUCACUAAAUGUGAAGUAAGUGUUUUAUAUGUUUUUCUUCUUUUUGUUAAGCGUUUGACGGGGGACAAUCAAGACACUCUAGCUGUAAAAAUACCCACGUAGCUUUCUGUUUUUAAGGAGCCUUUCAAACACUCCCUCCAUACAGACAGAUAUCUUAAGCACAAUUCUCGAAAAGAAAGUUUGUUUUUGUUUUUUAAACGGGGGAUUUAAAAAAAUGCUGUAAAAGAUUUCACUGAUGUAAAAAAAAUGUAAAUGUAUAUAUUUAAAGAGGCGCAGGAGAAGAAAUUUCCUUACAAGCUUCUCGUUUGUACAGCAAAAAAGAAAACAAAAACAAACAAAAAACCAAACCAAAAAAAUAAUAAUAAUAACAAAAACGACGUUUUGAUAUUGUAUUGCUGGAUCAUAUUGUGAA